AUGCGCGAAUCAUCUAUAUCUACUCUCUUAUAGAGGAAAAUGGCGUUCUGAGAAAAGCUAAAGAUUUCAAAAACAACCUCAUCUACAAACUGGUGUUCUACAGGGUUUCCCCAAUGUCCGUGGCCAAUGCGAAACAGGCCAUUUUCAACCCGGUAAUUCCUUUCACAGGACUCAUCCCAGGUGGGCUUCAGUCUGGAGAGAUGGUUGUAGUUCAGGGCUGUGUUCUCAAUGAUGCUGACAGGUUCCAAUUUGACCUGACCUGUGGCAGCAGCACGAAGCCCCGAGCUGACAUCGCUUUCCACUUCAACCCCCGCUUCAGGAGCUCGCCAUGCAUCGUUUGCAACUCCUUACAGCAAGGUAGCUGGGGCAGAGAGGAGAUUCUUGAUCAGAUGCCCUUUAAGCAAGGAGCAUCCUUUGAGACAAUCAUUCUAGUACAGGAAGAUGUGUUCAAGGUGGCAGUAAACGGAGCUCAUGUCCUGGAGUAUCAGCACAGAAUCCCUCUUCACAGGGUCGACACGUUCUCCGUAUCAGGAAAAGUUCAAAUACAAGCCAUUGGCUAUGUCCCAAGCUCAGCAAUAUUUUCAGAAUCAGGUGAUUUGAGUAUACCCUACAGGGGCAGUAUACUUAAAGGGCUCAGUCCUGGACAGCACAUUACAAUUAAGGGCCACGUCAGCUUAUUUCCUCAUAGUUUUUCUGUAAACCUGAGGUGCAGCGAGUCCAAAAACAUCGCCCUACACCUGAAUGCACGAAUCAAAUCGGGCACGGUGAUCCGCAACUCUUUCUUAAGUGAGUCUUGGGGACCGGAGGAGAUGGAGCUGUCGUACUUCCCGUUCACAGCUGGGAAAUACUUUGAGAUCAUCGUCCUGUGCCAGACUCACCAGUUUAAAAUCGCUGUUAACGGAGAGCAUCUGCUGGAGUACAGACACCGAGUGCAGGACCUGAGCUCCAUCACCCAGCUGGAGGUCCUCGGAGACCUGGACUUACAGGACAUUAAGCUCUGGUGACUCUCAGAUCAGUAAUGGCACAUGCUCACUCCAGCACUUGUGUUUUUUUUUUUUUUUUUAACAGCCAAUUAAUGAAUACACAGCUGUGUCACUGACGGAGAACGCCCAGUGUACACCACUGCAUGUGAGCAAAGGGCUGCGUUUCCAAAAUAUGAUCUGAGGCCUGGAGCCAUGGAAUUUUUUUUUCCCCAUAGUGUAGCAAUUAGCUAGUAGAAUAAUAAUUAUAUAUAUAUAUAUAUAAUAUAAUAUAAUAUAAUAUAAUAUAAUAUAAUAUAAUAUAAUAUAAAACAAGGCUCCAGAUGGUUAUGCUCCUGAAAUUUAAUCUGUACGACCUUAAAAUAUAUUUGGGGGCAUUUGUGUGAGUGCAAAUAAGUGUUGUGGUGCGACCUGUUUUCAUUUCUCUACAAAACGUUUGCUAAUUACUGCACAGUAUGUGCCUGCUGUGAGCCGAUACAGUGACCGCUCCACCGUUCUAUCCAACGUUACGUAACCAAUUAAACUGCAUCUUUACAUUCUUAACUGUAAUGCAGAUUUUAGAUUGGUUAUUAUUAGCCGUCAAUCACUCCCUUUCACUGUGCUCUUGUUGUCGCACGAGAGGGAGUUAACUAGCACGCAAACUGUAAAGAGCCGAAGAGAGAAGAUGAAAAGAAUAGAGAUUUCUUUUGUUAGCCGUCUAAAGUUACAGAUGAUGUAACUCGCGGAGUUACUGAUGGCGAUCAUGUGGUGAAUGUGGAUCCACCAGCGGAAAAGAAGGCGGAGAGAGUGGCUGAAAGACUUCGAGUGGCUCCGCUCUGAAAAUGGCUCAGUGCACUGCGUUCACUGUAAAGCCUGUGGGACAGAGGUUGCAGGUAACACUGCGUUCGCCACUGAAUCCACACGUUUUAAGCGUGAGUGGUGGCGGUGUGUUUAAAUAAAAGAAGUCUGUUUUAUUUAUAUAUAUAUAUAUAUACUUGUAGCUGUGUCGCUCCUAAGUUUUUGCUGGUGCUGCUGACGUUUUCAAGCACCAGUUCUAACAAGUAAAAACAAAACUUAAUUUCGAGCCCUGCGUAAUCAGCGGCUACUUACUCGCCUUAUGUCACAAAGAUAUAAAAACGUAUUAGAAAUCAGGGUACAUUUUACGGGAUGAGAAAGUCUGAAAAUGUGUUUACUAUUGACUCAAAAAGCUGUUAUCUGGAUGUGCGAAGAUGCCAGGCAUGGCGUCUGUAAGGCCUCGUCAACGAUUUUUAUUUAAAGCUGCCAUCAGUCCCUCCAGGAUUUCACAAUUUUGCGAUCACAGAAAUGACUGCGUAAUCAAGCAACUGCAAUAUUCGUAGGAGCUUGCGAUUUUUCAAAAUUACCGCAGGUUUUCUGCAGAUUUGGGCCAAGACGCGUCGUAGUCGUCACGUCAUUCACGUGCGUCGAACAUGAGUACAGCUAAAAGGUCUCGUUUACCAACAGACAUCAUUGCAAAAGACAAUUCAGUGCAAUUGUAGUUGUACCAAUUUAAGUAGUUUUCCUCUUAAAAAAAAAAAACAAUAAAAAAGAAACGUAGCAAAAUCAAGCAUUUUUGGCGGCAAUGAUCACUCCGCGAGUCCUGUACGGACGUUUAAAGUGACAUUACAGUGGUUGAGAUGAAACACUACUAACGUUUCUUAUACGGUGAAGUCCAAAAUUGUUGCCACCCUUCAUGAAAAUGAGCAAAACCAGAAUAAAAGCGAUCAAUUGAUCUUAAACAUGUGGAGGCUGAAGAGAGAUUUAUUUUAAAUUGGAGUUCUCAGAUAGUUAUUUAGUCAUUACUUUAUACUGCUUUUAAAAUAAUCAGUGCUGCAACAGUCAGCCCUGAUAUUACAGUGAUGAAAUGAUGGUUAUUAUAGUUAUAAGCCUAAUUAACUGGUCAUUGCAUUGACUCUAAAGCUCAAUAACCUCAACAACAGUAAAAUAAAUAUAUAGCUUCAAAAUAAUAGCAGUUGUUAUGAAACUAAAUAAAGUGCUGCUUAGAUAAUGUCAGAUGUUUCGACCAUGAAACUGAUUUGGGUUUUCAGGAUGGAAAUUUUAGGAAUAAAAGCUUAAAUGGCACUAAUAAGUAAAUACGAGGGAACGUUUUUUCGUUACGUGCCUACUAUUUAAGUAAGAAGGAUUAUACUUAUGGAAAGAUGCAGUCUUCAGAGGGUCGCUGGAUUUUGUUUAAUACAGGAAGCAACAACUAGAAUAUUCAAAAGUCAGAAUGCUGUUGUGUUAAACGUACAUGGUGGAGAACCUGAGGUGAGUGAACACCACCAUAUGAAUGUUCAUGUUCGUUUGGUUUAAAUGGAGGACUGUAUGAGCAGUUUAAGUACAAGAGUGCAAACGUAUUGUUACGGAGUAACAAUGUUGCUCAUUAUAAUUACUGUGCUUUAUAUUUAUGUCUUUAAUAAAGCAUGUGCUAAACACUA